GAAGCCGCAUAUCUCGUAUACGCGCGAUCGCGACCGUUGGGAAAUUGCGCCAUUUUUCUUUUUUCAGUUACCGAGCGAGUUGAAUUGUUUGGCGGUGGAGGAAGGCCGAAGGCAGCCGCGCAAUAAACCGAACGGUGUGGAAAGAGAAACGAGCCGGGUGGUGGUGCGCGUGUGAUCGCACACACACGGUGUGGUUUUACCGGAGCCGAGGGUGAGCUUGGUCGUGCGGGCGCAUAGACCGGGACACAGCCGGGGCCACGGUCGUCCACGUGCGUGAGGACGUGCGAGCGGUGCGAGAGGAGCAAGCAAGCGAGCGAGCGGGCAAGCAAGCGUCUCUCGCGCGAAGGCGGCGGGCGGCGAAGGAUUGAUCAUCGAUCGAAAUAAACGUGAGCGGAGCUGAAGCAGCGGUAGGCCCGCGGAGCGAAGCAGCGCGAAGACGUCUCGCAACGUCGUGAUACGAGCGUCGCCGGUCGGGCAUUUCUCUUUUCAAGCCGGGUCUCGCCUCGCUCUCGGGAACGCGAUCACUCGCUCGUGAGACAAGAUGUCGGUGGACGCGCUCAGCGAUUCCGAGCUGCGGACGAAGUUGAGGGAGUACGGGUAUCCGGUGGGACCGGUGACGCAGACGACCCGCAAGAUACUCGUCAAGAAACUGAAGAACCUUAUGGAGGCCCGUAGCGGUACAGGGGGAGGAGAAGGAUCCCGCCAUUCGUUGGCCGCUAGAUAUAGCAGCGAUGACACAGACGACGACACAAAAACAAAUGUCGUCAAGAAGAAGAAGAGCGCAAACCUGCGUCGGCAAACACUGGCAAAUCCGAUGCCACCACCAUCGAUUAUUCCUCCUGAAGCUACGAGCACGACAAAAAAUCCAAUCAAGGAGACUCUGAUGUCAACGCAUUCUGAGUUCAAAGAUCCCAACAUGAAUUUUGAUAGCUCAAGCAUACCUUCGACGACUCGCACAACUUCAAAGACUACACAGAGCAAGUUUAUCAAGACUCAGAGGACCUACGUGUCUGACGGUUUGGAAACUGGAUCAGAUUCUGAUGUCGUGGAGGAUACCAGCAGCUCGUAUGGACGGUCAUAUGACAAGUAUCUGUCCAAUCCAAGCAGCAAUAGACUGUACGAUUCUCGAUAUGAUCGCGGAACUCUCGAUUACGAUCAGAUGUCGAAGACCAGGCCUACCUAUGUGAUGAAAGACAGCAAGUACAACGUGUCUCCUAUGAAACUCUCUCCCUCUCCUAUGAACGUCUCUCCGACGUUCCAGAUUCCAAAGGAGGAUGUGAGUGGAAGGGAUAGUGCGAAUCAGAGAGAUCUUCUUGCAAACUAUGAAACCCCAUUUUUAUCAGAGUUUACAAGAAGGCUCAGUUCGCGAGUCAGUUUAAUAAACACGCCGCCAUCAUCGUCCACAUUGCCGAGCUUAAAAAGUCCUACAUUACGCCAUACUUUGUCAUCCGGUUUACCAGAAGUGAAAGAGAGAGAUUCAAAUGGCCACUUCUCUUCCUUAAGGAGCAUGUAUUCGAGUCAGCCAAGAGUUCGGGAUAUUUUCAGUAGAACGACUUACAAGCCAUCGACGUCGAAUACCAACAGGGAGGAUGUACGGAACAAUCAGAAUAUUGUGUCGAUGGCCCUCGUGGCGGUACUUGCCCUAUUCUUUGUAGUCCUUGCAAUAAUAUAUUUGGGACUUGGUGGGAAAACAGAGACGCUUCCAUCACUUUCAUCGGAUAACAACAUACCACAAUGUUUCUUUGAUGGAGCUCCUGAUCUUAAAGCGCCUGGGGUAAAUUGCAUAAUGAAGGAACAUAUAGAAUCUGUAUUGCAAUUGUUAAGACGCCUGCAACCCAUCCUAACGAGAAAGGCAAUAUCAAAAAUAUGUGAGAAUUCGAAUGAGAACUCAUAUUUAACAGAUGCGGAUAUCAUAAGGAUGUUUACAAGCGAUAAAGUGACGAGCCUCGAGGUGAAGGAUGAUCUGCACAGCGCGCAGUUCUUGAUCAUUAAAAACCCGAAAUGGGGCAUUUCGCUUAUCGAUGUGAAUGAUAACGGAGAGACUACAGAAAUAUUGGAUACUUUAGAUAAAAUAUUUUCCGCUCGUCUAAAUGGAAAAAUCGGAAUGGCGGUAUUAAAUCCCGAGCUGCCAAUGCAAUGCCUCGUUAAGAACAAACUUUUUACCAUCUUUUCUUCUCUCCUUGUAGUGGCAAUCGUCUUAUUAACAGGUAUUGGAAUUUAUAAAUCAUAUCUUUGGUAUCAAAGAUAUAAGAAAUGUACGGAGAGAGAAGUAUUUAAGCUUGUUAGCGAUAUUAUAAGUAUCGUUGAGACACAUCAUCAAAAUGCGUCCACGCAACCUGGCGCGCAGGAAAGUUUCCUCGCCAUAAACCACGUACGAGACAAUCUUAUUCCACCAAAGGAUCGUAAAAGAAUGUCAGGUCUUUGGGAAAAGGCAGUGAAGUUUCUAGAUGAAAACGAAUCCAGAAUUCGAAGAGAGGUGCAGCAAGUGGCAGGAGAAGAGUUUCAUGUAUGGCGAUGGUUGCCGAAUAACACUUUGAACAAAUCUCCCAUGCAAAACACGACUUUAGGCAAGAAGCCAAAGGUCUGGCAGGGACAAGCAUUCGAAACGAUGGAGGGAUCGGUUAACAGUUUGACUUGUUCGCCAACGCCUUGUCUGAAAAUUAGGCACAUGUUUGAUCCAGAUAUCGAAACCGAAGAUGAUUGGGAGACGAGAGUGCAGGACGCUAUCUUAGAGAAGUGUGGGGAAGGUGUGAAGAUACUUCACAUUCGAGUGGACAUUGGUAGCCGUGAGGGCUGCGUUUAUAUGAAAUGUAUGUCGCAGGAGGAUGCUGGCAAAGCUUACAGGGCAUUACACGGUUGUUGGUUUGAUGGUAAUUUAGUGACUGUGAAGUACCUGAGAUUAGAGCGUUAUCACGAGCGAUUUCCGGACGCCGCCCGUUGCGUGACACCUCUCAAGCCAAGUAACAAUCAAAGAUUGUCUAUGCAGGCGCAUUACUGGCAGAGCCCGGCGGAAGCAAAUUAAAAGAGUUCAUAUUUCUAUUUGGACAUUCAGAGAAAUGCGAGAGCUUUCAUGUUUAAAUCACACACACACACACAAUUAUCUCGUUCUGACCAGAACUUACAGAAUCUUGUCGACUUUUUAUUUAUUUCGUGACGACACACCUACAUGUCGUGCAGCGCAAAUAUAUAUAAGAGACACUUCUAUUUUAUAAGAGCAUUUUUUUUAAUUCGCUAACUUGUGUAUUAUAUUCUACUUUACAUCAUUUAUGAAUGAGACAAAGGGAGAUACGUGUUUUUAAUAGUUGAGUAAUAAUAAUUAUAAUCAUAAUAAUAACAGUACACAGUAACAUUAAUAUAUAAUUAAAUAUGCUUUCAAAGAGCUGUAAAAAAUAUUUUAAUCUGAGUUUUAUAGUAUUUUCAAGUAGCAAUAUACGUGCGUAAGCAUAA